CGGACUUGCGCUGUGUCUUCACGAUGGCCUCCCUUGACGACCCCAACGUGAACGUGCUUCACAGGAAUGUGAGCUCACUGGGCUCUUCCAACGAGAAGGAGCGGAUUGUAGUCGAAGAAGACGAGUAUGAGAUGGAGAAGCCGGACAUUUCAAGGCCGUUCCCUCGAGACCCAGAUGAAAUGGUGGAGACCCACCAACUCACAAUCAGGGCUGUAUUUGUGGGGUGCUGUCUCGGAGCAGUCGUCGGAGCCUCCAAUAUUUACCUCGGACUCAAAACUGGUUUCACCUUCGGCCCUCAGCUCUUCGGCGCCAUCUUCGGUUUCGCGAUCAUCAAACCUCUUUCCAAGGCCCUCCCGGAAUCAGGUAUCAUUGGUCGCCUCUUCGGCGGCCCCUUCGGACCCAAGGAAAAUUGCACAGUACAGAGUGCGGCCACCGCUGCGGGCGGUAUCGGUAUCCUAUUCGUCAGCGCCGUCCCUGCCCUCUACCGACUCGGCCUGCUCUCCGAGUUCCCCAAAUCGGACAUUGGGAAGCUCAUAGCGCUGACGGCGUGCGCGAGCUUCUUCGGGGUGUUCUUCGUCAUUCCCCUGCGCAAGUACUACAUCGUGAAGCAGAAGCUGACGUUCCCCACGCCCGCCGCGACAGCGGUGACAAUCCGUGCGCUGCACAACAGCCGCACGGGUGCCGUGGCGGCGCGUAAGAAGUCGCUUGCGCUGAUGUGGUCGUUCGUUGUCGCAUUUUGCUUCAAGGUCGUCAGCGGCUACGCGCCUGGGCUGCUGUUUGAUUGGCACAUUGGCUGGACGCUGUACCGUAUCGGAUUCACCAGUAUCAUCGCCCUGGACAACUACGGGUGGUGGAUUGAAUUUACUCCUGCGUUUUUCGGUGCUGGCAUGUUGUCUGGAUUGAACGCGAGUUGGAGUUUCCUGGGUGGUUCCGUCCUGGCUUGGGGAAUCAUUGCACCCUCAUUGAUCAAGAACAAGCUGGCCGUUGGAGUGUCCGUCUCGGAUGAAUUCCCGCUCGUCUCGUAUAAUGCGCUCAGCUUCGACGACCCGUCAGACUUCACGAGUGCACCCUCCCCGAGAUACUGGCUGCUCUGGCCCGGCAUCCUCAUGAUGUUGGUGUACUCCUUCACCGACCUGGGCAUGAACUCCGGCUUCAUCAUCACCGCGCUCCGCAACCUCAAGUUCAACGCGAACCCGCGCGAGUGGUUCCGCGGCACCGCGAACGCGGACGAAGAGGACGAGGACGAGAGCCCGGUCGAGGACCGCGUGCCGACGGUCUGGUGGACUUUCGGACUCGCAGCCAGCACGAUCAUGUGUUGUGCCAUCCUCGCGACUAUGUUCAACAUGAAUGUCGGCGAGGCGAUCCUCUCGCUCAUCCUCGGCUUCGCAUUUUCCUUCAUCGGUGUGCAGAGCGCGGGUACGACGGACGUGAACCCCGUCACCGCCGUCGCGAAGGCGUCGCAACUGGUGUUCGGAGGUAUCUCAAAGGGCGCAGGCCUCGCUCAGGCGCCCGCGCAAACCGUGAACUUGACGGCGGGCAUCAUCGCUGCCGGCUCUGCCGCGCAGUCCACUGACAUGACCGGUGACUUGAAGACCGGGUACCUCCUCCGCGCGAAGCCGCGCAACCAGUUCGUCGCGCAGCUGUGCGGCGCGGUCGUUGCAAUGUUCCUCAACGUCGGACUCUUCAUCCUCUUCACCACCGCAAGCAGGUGUAUCCUGGUCCCCGAUGUGGAUACGCACUGCCCGUACGGGGCUCCUAGUGUCAGCGCGUGGGUCGCCGUCGCCGUUGCUGUCACGUCGCCCAAGCUGCCGAUCCCAUCCUCGUCUGGCUUUACCGCUAUCGGCCUUGCGAUCUUCACCUUCAUCUCCGUCGUCGCCAAGCACCUCUGGGUGCCGAAGAAGUACUGGCAGUACAUCCCCAACUGGAACGCCGUCGGCUUGGCGUUCGUCGCGCCCCAGAUUCCGUUCUCCAUCGCGAUGGCGAUCGGUUCGACGUUCAACUACUUCUGGGCGAAGCGCAACCCCAAGGGCUUCGACAUGUACAUGUUCGCCGUCGCCGCGGGUAUGCUUGCUGGGGAGGGUCUCGGCGGUGUGCUCCAGGCGCUCCUCGCCAUCGCGAAGGUGGACGGAUCCCUGUUCGGGACGGCCAUCGGGUGCCCCGGUCUCGAGUUCUGCGGGUGAAGGGCGAGCAUGUACCGCUCGCCCCGCUCAUACGGAUUCAGCUUUUCUUUUGCUUGGAAUCAUGAGUUAUGUGUAACGUUUGCCAUGUAUGUUAGAAUACCUUUUCGCGUUUUUAAUGUGACGCGUGUUGUACGACGAGAU